CUUUUAAACAGAGUCAAAGUACAGCUGUAGCUCAGACUAUAUUUGUGUGUGCCGCCUAUUGCCAUCAGCAGACACACUUGAAUUGAUGAACAAAACAAGAUGGCCAAGCUGUGGGUUCCUUUUCUGCUCUUGGCCUCGAUGCACCUGACCUCGUGCGCAAGCAUUGACAACUGCGGUCAACAGUCAAGCUCAAGCGGUUUAAGUUUCGACGAGUAUUCCAUUUCCACCGCAAGAAGGGCUGACAACUGGGCUGACAUGUUGAGAGAGCUCAGUGAGCCUAGUGCUCCAGGUAACCGCCAUCCCACUCUGGAAAACAAGUAUCCAGAACAGCCCCCCCAAAAAACAGCUCUGAGCCCGUCAUCUGACUUUUGGAAAGAAGCGCGGGAAGCCCUGUCGGCAGAUUUUGAUGAAACAAACUUGGAAUGGGAGCGGUGGGACGGCGCCCUCCCUGCUGCCAUCCCUGAUGGCGCCGUGUCCAUCUACAACUCAUAUUCCAGCCGCGUAGAUUACAUAUGCAAAGUGGGCUGCCAUUCGGGCUACUACGACUCCACGCUCCGCACCGCUGCCUGCGCCUACACCGCCAAUGGGGCGGGGUACACCGCCGAGCAGUUUGACAUGCUGGUCAACAAAGAUGAAUUUGAGAUUCUGCAGUGGAAAAACGGCUACGGUGGCUCAGUGACGCCCAAUUCUAUUAAGACCUGCGUCAACGAAGAUAUGUACGUAGGGAAGAACCAGUAUGGACUGGGAGAAGUGAAAGUCAGCGAAAAGGUAUUCUACUUACCCUGGGGUGGAAGUCGUUAUUCGUACAAUGAUUACCAGGUCCUGGAGACCAUGAAAGACAUUAAGAGAGAGCACCUGAUGGAAGUCAAAUACCAUACAGAGGGCAUCACGCCCUUUGAGUAUCCCCCUGAGGUCUUGAACAAGGACACAUUUGUAAAUAGUGAGUGCAAGCCCAUCAAGAACGAGAUCACCCUAACCAAGACUGUUGCAACAACACGAAAGUGGGACAUUAACUUCUCCGUCACUGUGGGAGUCGGCAUCACCAUCGAGACGGGAAUCCCCUUCAUAGUCAAAGGGAACAUUGACUUCAAGGCCGCCUUCACUUAUAGGUUAACCAAAGAGACUACCUAUACUGACACCACCACCCACACUCUGACGCUGGAAACCCGGGUGCCCCCCGGCCACUCGUGCACCGUCAAAAUGCAGGGCAAGAAAUACGGAUUGGAUAUCCCGUACACGGCACGCCUCAAACGCGUUUACCGCAACGGGGAGACCAAGUGGACUACCGUCACCGGGACCUUCAAGGGAGUCCAGAUCUCGGAGGUUGAAGCAGAAAUGGAACGCUGUGAAUUUCUGCCAGAUGUCAAGCCUUGUUAAGA